UCACACAUCGUCACUUCCGGUUCUGGCUAUUACCUACGGCCUCAUUUUCGCCGGAACUUGCAGAGAGUCCUUCCGGUCUGAGUUACGGUUGGUUUGUGUUUUCGUGCAGAGCCUGGAGAUGUCUCACACUAUCUUGCUGGUCCAGCCUACAAAGAGGCCUGAAGGAAGAACAUAUGCAGAUUAUGAAUCUGUCAACGAAUGCAUGGAAGGAGUUUGUAAGAUGUAUGAAGAACAUUUAAAGAGAAUGAAUCCUAACAGCCCAUCCAUCACAUAUGAUAUCAGUCAGCUCUUUGACUUCAUUGAUGACCUAGCAGACCUUAGCUGUCUAGUGUAUCGGGCCGACACUCAGACAUAUCAGCCCUAUAACAAAGAUUGGAUCAAAGAGAAGAUUUAUGUCCUCCUUCGUCGACAGGCUCAGCAAGCAGGGAAAUAAGCGUCGGAUGGUUGUGUACAGCGGGCAGUAGAGGGUGUUUUGUUUUGUAAUAUAGUGAUUUCUUUUUUUUGUGUUCUGUUUAUGCUAUAGGGGACAAUGUUUUUAGAUCAGUAAUGAAACUUAUGUUAAAAACUUUUGUUACAUUUUGUUGACCAGCAGAGAUGAAAUGGCAACUGACUUUAUGCUUGUACCCCUGAGAAUCCUUGCAAAGUCAAGCUGUACCAGUGCAGGACAGCUAGGUUGUGCAACAUUUUCCAAAGCCCCUUUAUGGCUGGAUUCACUAUGCCCUAAAUUUAAUAUUUUAGACAAAAAUAAUAAAAUGACUUCAUAGUUAA